AUGGCACAUCACAUGAUAGGGCAAUCAGCCGUCUGCAAUAUUUUAAACUCGUCCCCGUUUCGCUUCGGCAACUUGAAGCUGGAUGUGUGGACCAACAACCAGUGGAAGGAGAACUCCAUCAUCUAUCGUAUCCCCAAGGCAUACUGUUCUACAGUACGCUCCAAUUUUCCGGGGCUAUACGAGACGUUUUAUCAAGCAAGUGCCUGGAGUAAGGGGCUCUGUACAUUCCUCAAAAAAACAUACACAAUGGAUAAUACGCCAAUCAAUUGGACCCUACCCAACUUCCCGUUGCUUCCUUACGGCCGUUAUAAGUGCACGAGCACAGUUUGGUCUCCAAAGAAAGUCAAGGAAGCCUGCUUCGUUUUUGAGUUGAUCAUCGUUCCAAGACUAUGACCAGCACCAAUAAACACAAUUGGAUAUCAAA